GGCCUUCCUCUGGUACACGUCCACAUUGUUAAACAAGGGACCUGAACUGUUUGUUUGUUGUAUGAAGAAGGAAAUUAGUGCAUCAGAGUCGUGUAAUACCGUCGAAGAAUAUUUGUACGGGUAAGUGUGUCGGGAACUCGCUUAAGGAAGAUCGGUCGGGUGUGAUCCUGGGUGGUGAAGCGUCGUGCGAGGAGUUGAAGGUGACACACAAUGUAACCUGGUGGGGUGAGCUCCGGUGUCUGGCUCCCCACCACGGGUUGUAAGUGUUGUGGGGGUGAACUAUGAGAACAACUGGAAUUCGCUCUGCCCCCAACCCGGCGCCCCGGACCAAUGUGGGGGCUGGGGGCACUCCUGUGCCCCUGCCCAGGACCAAGUUUAACAACGUUACCGCUCCCCAGGAACCAUCAACAGACCAACUUACCUCAACAACAGAAGAGCAACCUCGACUUCCUAAUAAAUACACCAGCGUAACACUUGAGAUAAUAUCAGAUCAUUGCCUACCGCGGACUCAGUCGUCGGAGCAAGAUGACACACGAGAAGUGCAGAAGUCUGGUGGUACACGAAGGAGCGGAGACGGUGAGCUAAAGUCGCCUGAGGUUCGUUCCUUACGUAAUGCACUGUCUCCUGUAAUUUCUCGAUCAAGGCCUUUUGUCAGUCCCCCACCAAAGCCGCCGAGAACCUACAGUCACAAAGUGAGUCCUCUUCAGGAAACCACACACCACAGAAUGGCGCCUCAGGUGCCCAAAUCGAAGCCUCCACAACCACCCACUUGUCCCAAGCCUAAUGUAAUUCCACCCCGGCCAAAGCUAAUGGAUGUUCUGUAUCGACCAAGUCCAACUCAGGCGGCGGCCUCUAGCCCAAUGAUAAGAGGUCGUCUUAAUUCUAAUCAAGUUUCCAAUCAAACCCCGAAACCAGAAUCACCAUACGGCGGAAAACGUUCCUCUGGCCAAGCCAACAUUACUACAACAUCUCAGGCUCCAGCAGGAUCGCCGUCGGUAAGUUCUCAGGUUUCCGGUGUUGCGCUCACUUCUCAGGCGGCAGCUGCAAGUACUCAGCCCUCACAGUCAAAAGUAGCAGACAGUAAUAGAGGACUUAGUGCUGCACAACCUAAGAGUCGACACAGUGUUGUUGUUGUUCCUCCUCGGCCUACUGUAGCGCCCCCCAGUGCGCCUUCUUCAGCUCACUCACGUUCACAUAGUCAGUCAAUGAUUUCUUCACGUCCUAAUGCACGCCCAGCAAUCCCUUCACGUCCAACUGAUGCUCAGGUACCGGCGACCAAUGGCAAGGACAGAAAUUCCCGAACACAGCUCAAUAUAACCGGAGCCACGUCUAGGCCUCGGAGGACGUCCGCCUCCAGAGUGGUGGACGAAGGCCCCGUGUGUUCCCCAACAGAAUUCCAGGACUACUGUACGGAAGUCUUCAAGCGCACCAAGACAGCCAAAGAACUCAUGGCUAAACGACGCCAUGUUCAGGCUGCAAGUGAGUACCAGGCGGCGCUGACGGCGAUAGACAGGGUGUUGAGGGCCCAGGUACUGAGCCUCACCCACGAUGAACACACCAGACAGAAGUUAUUCCACUUGCAGCAGGAAGUGUUCCUCUCCAGGAAGGAGACUCUGAAUGGGUUCAGCGACGCCCAGGCGGCUGUAAGUACGCCCCGGGAGCUGUCGACGGAUACCCCCGCCCCAGGAGCUCCACCCUCCUACGAUGACGUCAUCAGGGAGGACAGGUCCCGCUCACACGAUGAGACGCCAACAUUAUCUGCACGACAGUCAGCGCAGCGCAGAUCGGCGGCUGUGUACCGGGAACCACAGGUGUCAUGGGGCGACCGCAGGCGGGAUGCAAGGACGACCACUGUUUACCCCGCGUCUCAGGCAUCUCUAAUACUUCCUCCCCCACCCAGGACCACACGCCCAAGGUCCUCCUCAUUCACCAGAGACCAGCGUGGGGUGGAAAUACUAGUGGAUGUGUCAGCGGACAUGUCUCGCCCUCCCACCACGCCACAGUCGGCACCCAUCACACUCCCCUUCCAGCCACUCGUCCCCACCAGAGUAUCCCUACCAAGACCCAAGUCCUCAUACCAUCCCAGCCAAGACCUAUUUGUUCCAGAAACGUCAACAAAACAACCAGAGGAUAAAUCAAUCUCGCAGGCAACUUCCUCUCACAAGUCUUGUGAGUCACCAGCUGCUAAACCAAGAACUUGCAACAAGACGAGUGAAACAUCCAGCGGUGACUCAGGAUUAUUCCCGUUGUACAGUGAAGUACUAGAGCACCAGGCCAAAGCCUUGCAGAAGAUUGAAGAGCACCGUCGCACGGGAGUAUCAACCAGGCCGGAGAAACCUAAAAGAUCAUGUUCCACAACCUGUCCUAGUUGGGGUUCACCUGGCAGUCUCUCUAAGACAAUCACAGAUCAUGUCAAUAAGGACGACGUAAACAAAACCUCACUGGCAGGUGGUGACUCUCCUGCCGGGACUAAAGGAGCUGCAGACUACAUGACAAGGUUAACACCAGCUGUUUCUUCUAACUCAAAUAUUAUUGAUCCGUUUUUGACUGUGGACCCAUUUCCACCUGUGGAUCCAAACACAGAGAAAAAUUAUCCAGAUUUUGCUAAAGGGAGUUCACUUACUUCCGCUGUACCAAUUAAUAGUGACGCUUCUUUAAAUGCAAUACCCAAAAUCAUUAAGACUGAGAAUAAAGAAGAUUCUCCCCAGACGCCCGUGAAGCCAACUGUAGGAGCAGCUACUGUGGGACCGGCUGGUGACGCUGGUGCCUCGGGUGAUAUUGUUUCUGCUGCAGCCAGGAAGGUGGGUCAUGUACCUUCACGUCCCCCUCGAGAUCUUUACCAUGGUGGUUCAGAUCCAUUAGGAGAGUCCAUAUUGGACGCUUUAGACUUUGCCGUGACUCCAACUGCCAGUCACCAGAAGGUUUCACCCCAGAAAUCCAAGGGUACCAUGGCCUCACGGUGUUACUCUGAAGACACUUUAUUGGAUUGUUCUUACAACACUCUGGAGAACUUUAUUGAUUCCUCCAAAAGAAUGGCUGGUAGUCGAGCUUCAAUUAUAGAAGAGUUCGAUCCACUCGUAUUACCGUCGCCCGGACAGGAAAGUUCUAGAUCGUCUGUUAGGGAGAAAAACAAAAAGUAUGCUGUUGAAACACCUGUGAAGGCAGAGGAAGUAAUUUAUGAUGAUCACGUAAAACCCAAGACAAUAAAGUCAAAAUUAGAGAAAGAGGAACACAAGGAAGACAAUUCUAUGAAGGCACAGCGGGGGGAGGAAGACAGCGACGUGUUCUUACCGGAAGAGGGCGCAGUGGCGGCCGACGGGUAUCAGCACACUGACGCAGGAGUGGAUGACUUACCUGGGUACUACGAAAGCGAUGAAACGAUAACGUCGCCCAACUAUACCAGCGGGGUAGGCGAGUCAUCCCUCUCUUCCACGGGGUCGUGUACGUCAUGGCCAGCUGACUACAUCAAGAACUCAUCCUGGUCGCCACCGCCUGUCACACCGCCGUCAGCAGGCGCUUUAGGCGAGGACAACUAUUCAUCGUGGAGCUCCGAUCAUGAGGAACCUGACACGCCGCCGACAGGAGCUGGUGUGGGCCGCUCAGCCUUCUACCGCCCGCUCGCCUUCCACAAGGUAAGUCUCCCCUAGGAGGUGUUCCUGAGAUUACUUUUACAUUUACUUUUGUCCUCUGCACCACAGAUCGGCUCGUUAGCCGCUUGGGCGAUCGGUCACGUCUCUGUUACGCACUGUUGGCAAGUACUGGGCAUGAAUAUCUCUUAUCUCUCACCAGCUGGAUGUAGGUCUCCCAAACAUUUCUCCUCAGUUAUCUGUCUUGAACCUUCACUGCAUAUAACAUCAUCAAGACAUCAUCUGUUUUGUUUAGUGGUUGAUCUUUAUGGUUAUAUUCGUAUCUCAUGGGAAGCUUUCUGUCCGCUGUCGU